UUUGCGUUCUUUUAGGAACGCACUGGAAACGUUCGUGUCCGUGGUCUGUUCCUGUUCGACCUGUUCACUAUUCGCAACUAAUAUCGUGUGCGAAAAAAGAAAUAGGUGGGCCAGUGUGAGCGACGGGAAAACGAUAGCCAGACAUAUACUGGACAGCGUCGAAAUACCGACCGGACGGCAGCAAUUGUUACGUGAUCGAGCGUUAUGCAUGAUAUUGCAUAUUGACGUGCGACCGCAUAGUAAAUCCUGAAACGGUAUGCAGUCGGUCUCAUUGUAGAUCCGAUCGUAUUGAAACGGAUAUCGUAACGGCGCAAGAUAGCGAACGGUACAAGUUUUACGUGAACGUGAGAUUUCGCAAUAACGUACGAGGAACCGCGUGCCGGCGCACAUUGAUCUACCGCGAGCACGGAAAUUGGUUAUUGAAAAAAUGGCGGCCGACAUUCCAGUGCAAAAUAAGAACCGAAUGAUGGUGUUUAAGAACAAAGGCAAGGAUCAGGAGGAGAUGAGAAGAAGACGCAAUGAAGUGACAGUAGAAUUACGUAAAAAUAAGCGGGAGGAGACAUUACAAAAAAGACGAAAUGUACCUAUUACAGAUUCAACAGAUGAGGAUGACAUUGAUAAAAAUCUUUCGAAGAUGAGUUUGGAAGAACUGGUAGCAAAAGCAGGCAGUUCAGACCCAGCAGUACAAUUACAAGCUGUGCAAUCAGCAAGGAAAUUAUUAUCUUCAGAUCGUAAUCCGCCUAUUGAUCCAUUGAUAGAGAGUGGCAUUUUACCAAUUUUAGUUCGUUGUCUCGAACAGCAUAACAAUCCAUCGUUGCAAUUUGAAGCAGCCUGGGCUUUAACAAAUAUUGCAAGUGGAACAUCGGCUCAAACGCAAGCUGUGGUAGCUGCUGGUGCAGUUCCACUCUUUUUGCACUUGUUACUUUCAAGUCAGCAGAAUGUGUGUGAACAAGCUGUGUGGGCCUUAGGUAACAUUAUUGGAGAUGGUCCCCAACCUAGAGAUUACGUUAUUAAUCUUGGUGUUGUACAGCCAUUGCUAACAUUUAUUAAACCAGAUAUACCUAUUACGUUUUUACGUAAUGUAACAUGGGUCAUUGUAAACUUAUGUAGGAAUAAAGAUCCACCGCCUCCAGUUCAAACCAUAAAGGAUAUUUUGCCUGCUCUAAAUGUGCUUAUUCAUCAUAGCGACAUUAAUAUUCUUGUUGAUACCGUGUGGGCCUUGAGCUAUUUGACUGAUGGUGGAAACGAGCAAAUUCAAAUGGUUAUAGACAGCGGUGUUGUGCCACGUCUAAUACCGCUUCUUUCGCACAAAGAAGUUAAAGUCCAAACUGCUGCUCUUCGAGCAGUCGGAAAUAUUGUGACUGGUACAGAUGAGCAAACGCAAACUGUUUUAAAUUGUGAUGCUCUUUCGCAUUUUCCCAAUUUAUUGACUCAUCCCAAGGAAAAGAUUUGUAAAGAAGCAGUUUGGUUUCUUUCGAAUAUUACCGCUGGCAAUCAAUCCCAAGUCCAAGCGGUUAUCGAUGCGGGAUUAUUACCACUUAUUAUUCGUAAUUUAGCAAAGGGAGAGUUUCAAACUCAGAAAGAAGCUGCAUGGGCAAUUAGCAAUCUCACUAUAAGCGGUAACAGAGAACAAGUUGCGCGACUUAUACAAGAAGGUGUUAUUGGUCCAUUUUGCGAUCUCUUGUCGUGUAAAGAUACUCAAGUUGUACAGGUGGUAUUAGAUGGCAUCCACAACAUGCUUAAACUCGCGGGUCCACACGUUGAACAUUUGGCAAACAUGAUCGAAGAAUGUUCCGGUUUGGAUAAAAUUGAAUUGUUGCAAAACCAUGAAAAUGUAGAUAUUUACAAAUUAGCAUACGAUAUCAUCGAGCAAUAUUUCUCAGAAGAGGCGGAUGAUGCACCUUUGACGUCACAGGAAGCUUUUGAAUUUGAUCAGACGACGAGUAUUCCGAGUGAAGGUUAUAAAUUCUGAGAGGGCCUCCACUUUUUAUCCAAUUGUGCCGUCCCCCGACAAACUCCAACGUGGAGCCAUCUUGCUUUCUCUUUCCUAUUUCUACAUCUUCCUGCUCCGAUGAAAGCAUAGCAAUAUGAAUUUACUGCUAAUGAAUUGAGAAUUAUCGCGUUUGCUGAUCUAAUGUGUGAUUUAUCAAUUUAUCCGUACUGGAAAGCCAGAACGCAAGUAAGAUAAUUGAUUGUGGAAUGAAGGAGCUGGUAAUUAUCAAACCGAGUGUCUAUGUACUUUGAUUUUUUUCUUUCCUUACUCUGAUAAAUGUAUACGUUACCUCUUUUCUUUUAUAAUACAUGAUAAACGUAUUAGCGAAGUCAUUAGCUUCGGAGCUAAUGAAACAUAUACGAGUAAAUUAUUCUAGUAAAAUCUAAUUAGCUGCACGUUGGGAUGCACAGGAAAUAAAAAGGAUUUCUAUUGCUUGAUCAUGCUGUUCUCUAAUCUAACUCAGGACGAGUCUUGGUUAGCGAUAUUACUUUUAUAAAAUAAUUCGUGUAUAUUUUAGGCAUGUUAAAUUUAUAAUGAUAUUGAUUACUAAAUAAAUGAAUCAUUGACUACUC